AUGGGUCUCAUCAAGGCUGCCUGCUUCCUCUUCUUCUUCGCACUCCUCGACUCCUAUGUACGAGUUUCAGCUGUUGCUCCCACAACAGCUCCGGCGACUGUCGCUCCGACCCAUGCUCCGGUCACCCCGACUCCGGUAGCGCAUGCUCCAAUGGCACCCGUAUCUGGAAACUAUUGUGUGGCGAAGUGCCAAGACAGGUGCAAGACCCACCCGUCUGCCAAGAGGUUCUGCCAGAAGAUAUGCACCAGGUGCUGCAUGAGCUGCAAGUGCGUUCCAACCGGUCCCAUCGGCUCCAACGCCGAGCAGUGCAAGAACUGGACCGCCACUCUCUACCAUGGCGUUCCUUACAAGUGCCCUUAA